CACAGCACAGGACAAAAGUUUAGAGCAACGAUAUGUAGACGAACAUACAGCGCACUUUCCCACCGAGUUUUUGUUUGCCUCUGCGACUGACCGAGUCCCGUGAAUUGUGUCUAAAAGUGUGGUAGGCUGCACUGAGGGGCACAUAAGGAGACGACGGAGGCGCUUCAGCCAGGAAAGAAGUGCCGUGAAAAAGAAACCGUCUCUCUCUCUCUCCACCACCACAGCAGCCGCGCCCGGAUCACAUCCUCCAGCUCCGCGCUCUCCCUGCUCCCCUGCUAUAGCAUGGCCAGUUCGAGUAAAGCGACUUUAAUCUUGCUCAUCUACGGAAUCUUAAUGCACUACAGCGUCUUCUGCACACCUAUCGGACUAAGUUACCCUAAGAUUAGACUUGAAAACGACGCCUUCGAUGAGGAUGGGAAUUCAUUAUCCGACAUGGGUUUUGAUAGCGAUCAGAUUGCUAUACGAAGCGCACCAUCCCUAAACGACGACGCGUACACUCUCUACUACCCACCAGAGAAGAGACCAGAAAGGCAUGCUGAGGAAGAAUUAGAUAGAGCCUUGAGGGAGAUCCUGGGUCAGUUAACAGCGAGACAUUAUCUGCAUUCUCUGAUGACAAUUCGUGCAGGUGAAGACAACAGCAUGGAGGACGGGUCAGAGCCUUUAUCCAAAAGACAUUCAGAUGGGAUCUUCACUGACAGCUACAGUCGCUAUAGAAAGCAGAUGGCCGUGCAGAAAUACCUGGCAGCGGUUCUGGGUAGAAGGUACAGACAGAGAGUUAGGAACAAAGGACGCCGGCUUGCCUAUUUGUAGCGUUGUUAAAGCGCCCAAACUGCCCUCCUGUGUAUAUACAUCCAGUCGUUAAAUCAAAGUCAUUCAGAUAUAUCUGACCAACCAGUGGAUUGCGCCUGUGUUCUUUCAACAUGUAUUUAUGUAUGAAGUAAAGCCAUUAAAAUGAAUAUUUUAAUAAUAAUAUCGUUUUUUUUUUCUUUUUGUACAAAAGCACUUGAUACCGCACAGUUAUACUUUGUGGACCAAUAUUUUAUUUUCAUGUUAAGAUGUUGAAAACAAAACAAAAUGGAGAAAAAAGAAAAAAAAAGAAAAAAGAAAAAAAAAAUACAAGAAGAUGAAAUCAGAAAAAAAAAAAGAUAAUUGUGCACCUUCAACGUUAUGCGCUUGAAAUCUUUAAAAGUCAUCUACAUAUGCAGAAAAUAAAUAGAUUUUAAAAAGACAAUCAAAGUAUUGAAUGUUAUACUUAUUUUUGUAAUCAACGUUCUAUUUUUUUAGUGUUGUUUGUUUUCCAAACAGGCCCAAAGAAGCAGUGAGCAUGCUAUGUGAGGCAUAUCCGACUUAUCCUAAAUGAUAGAUGUUGCCCUUGUCCACCCUUCUCCACGCUCCCUUAAUGGGAGCUCUGUGGGUUUGUAUGGCUUGCUGCCCCUCCAGGGGGAUUUCAGAUGGCUUUUGUUGUACAGCCUCUCAUUUGAUGGAUAACCGAUUGACUUACACAGCAAUUCAUGUAACUGGUGGUAAAAAUCCAACCUCCUUUUCAACAGAAAUUUCAUUGCAGGCUUUUGCAAGGGCACCAUUGCCUUGACUAAAGAUAAAAGAAGCAGUCAAGUUGCUGAUGCAGAGAACACUGCUUGCUCACUUGCCUCAGAGUCAUUUACAGUAGGAGGUAAAUCAUGCUCAAUAGGACUGUGUAAAGAAUGUUCCACAUGUGUGUAUUAUGUACAGUGCAGGAGUUACACAGUGCACAUAUUCAUCUCAUCGUUGUCUGUGUUCAGUCAACAGAAUUAUUUGGAAGAAUGUGCUUCAGCUGUUGAUUGUAUUUGGGCAGCAAAUAUUCAGAAACGAAGCAGAACAUGAGCUGGAGGUGGUGAGGAGAGGUAGCAUCUGAGUUACAGUUAGGAAUAUUUAACUAUUGUUUCGAAUUUAUUGGUGCAUGUAGAAACUGACACCUUGCUAAUUUUCACUUACAAACUGCAUGUCAUUGUGCUUUUGUUGCUAUUUGGGAGGUGGACUGUGCUAAGCCUAUUUCAGCAUCACUCCCCCUCAGCCGUUUAGUGAUGGAAAUGUGAACAAGGAGGGCUAGAGGUGGCAGAAACUGGUACUGCACUGACUUGUUGAAUUUUUUACCUCCCCUGCUGCUGUCAUUGUGGAUAUCAUAGGACAAGACACUGGACCCCCCCGUUUUGCUGUUUGCUUUCGUCCUGGUUGCAGUUUUUUAGGAUUCUUUUGCUUCUAGAUGCUAAAUUGUUGAUGGUGCGGUAGUUGUGGUACAACUGUUGAGACAAAGCUGAUCUGUGUUAUAGACGUCUGCUGGGUUAUGUGCAGUGAGGAUGUGAGAAACAAGAAUGAGGGAGUGUCAGUUGAAAACCAGAGGUAUGCAUGGAGAGGCACAGAGAGCCAGAGAAAAAGGGAUGCGGUAUGUGUGUGUGUGUGUGUGAGAGAGAAAAGGGAAGUAAAGUAGGCAGUUACAUAAGAGACAGGUUACAGCGCCCACGAGCCAGAGAUGGGUUGUCGCACGUCCACAUAGAAACAAAAAGAAAAAAGAGGUGAUAGCGUGGCCGCCUCGCCUCACCUGCCACAGUGAGAUCAGGGUCAGUGAGUCUGAUGAGGAAAAUAUCAGAUGUUGAAUUCCCCUCACACAGCAGAAGGAUUUACCUGGUAUGUGAGUGAAGCCGGACGAGGCCACUCUUGAGUUUAAAAAAAGAGGUGAAUGAAAUUCAGCCCUCAAGCAGAGGGAUAUUCCCUCUAACUUUUAUUGGAGACAUAUUUCAUGUAUUUAUUCAAUAUUAUGCAAAUGCAGCUUCAUGCGCCCCUGCGAUCUAAUCAGUGGCCUGUGUUCCCCCCCCAUAGAAACUAUCAACACACUCUUUCUUCAAUUAGGCUUUAUCCUACAGGCUUUGUGUGGAUGUGGACGUUUGCAUAUCAUUGUGUUUACGUGUGAGCGCGCGUGCAUUCAACGUUUGUGUGAGCGAAUGAGUGACUGAAUGGGCACGUGGAGGUGGAAACAGCUUUUGGCUUUGGUGCCUUGCUUCGACGUGAGAAAAAAAAAAAAAGAAGAAAAAUAACAAAAAAAAAAAAAAGAAAAAAUUCGCCACAAGUGACAGAUGGCAAUUUUAGUGGCCCUACAAUGCUGCAGUCCAUUAGCUUACAUUGAAACUUCCUUUUACUCUGUUUAAUCGCUCGGCUUAGUCUGCCCCAGGAGUAGUAGAAUUAGGCUUUCUUUUAAAGCAUGGCCAAUGAUUUCUUGAGUAAAAAAAAAAAAAAAGAAAAAGAAAAAAGAAUAGGCUGUAUAUGUUGGUGGAGCAGGCAGUGUGUGUGUGUGUGUGCGUGUCUGUUUGUGUGUGUGUGCGCAUGAGUUUGGGGUGUUCAGUGUCUGUGGGAGUUGUGAACAAUGACCAGUGUUUGUUAUUGUUGAUUAUGAGGUGUUGUUGAUUAUUUUGAUAUUGGUCAGUAAUUUAUUAAUCAGAAAAUAGCCCCUAUAUAUUAUUUCCAACUAUGUGCAUCACUAUCUAGAAUAAAAGGGUUUCAGAACAUAACAGAGAUGUUGUUCAGAUCAUAGAAAAUGCCUGUUGUUGAUAUUUCUGAAAGCGCCAAACGCCUUACUUCAAUGUUUAAUCUCUUAUCUAUCUGAAAACAAUGUGUUUUAAAAGUGAACCUUAGUACAAGUGACAUCGUUAUACACACAGGAGUCCUUAUAUGGGGUUUUACGUUUCUCAAUGUUAUGAAAGUGUUGUAAGAUUUGUAUGAAUAAAUUUUUGUAAACAACAAAA